AUGACAAGUCGUCUAUUGUCACUAUGGCUAUGCCGUUUAUGCCAACAAAAACUGUUUCAACGCACAUCCGCCACUUUCACUCCAUAUAAUGCUACGAUCCUUCUACCAUCUCUGUUAUUUAAGACCUCAAAACGCUCUAUAUCAAUAACAAAUAUUUGUUAUGGUUCAACUAAAGAAAAGAAAAAACGUGGACCAAUUAAUUAUGGCCCAAAAGGCAGACGCCCAGUUAUAGAUAUCUACCAUAAAAUGACUAUUAAAGCAUUAGCACAAGCUAUGGGAAUAGAGACUGAUCAUAUCUACGAUUGUCUUAUUUACAUCAAAGAUGGUGAUAAAUAUUCAGCCGAUGAUCAAGAAAUAACUGAUUUUAACGUCAUUGUGGAAGUUGUGAACUUAUGUGGAGGGAAACAACGACUUGUACCAAACCCAUUUCCAAAAAAAGAUCUAAAAAGAGAGGCAAUCAAACCAGCAGAAUUUGUUAGAACGUAUGUAUAUUUUCUUUCGAUAUCAGCGAAAUAGUUACUCUGUUUUAUCAUUGAAAAGUGACACUGACGAGGGAACGUUCCCAAGUGUCCAAUCGCUUUUUAAUCGAAAUCUAGUGGGUUAUAGGUUAUCGAUCAUGCUGAUUCCGAAUAUGAAUAUGGGAGUUCCCUUUAGCCCUUCGAAGAUCCGGUCUUC